CAUGCCGCUGAGAUAGAGAAGAAGCAGAAUGAGUUGGAAAACAAAAAGCUAUUGGGCACGGUCGUGCAGUACGGCAGCGUGGUACAACUGCUGCACGUCAAGUCCAACAAAUACCUUACUGUCAACAAAAGGUUGCCCGCAUUGCUCGAGAAGAACGCGAUGCGGGUGCAUCUGGACGCGAACGGGAACGAGGGCUCCUGGUUUUAUGUUAUGCCUUUCUAUAAACUCCGGUCGACUGGCGACAACGUGGUGGUUGGCGACAAGGUGAUAAUGAACCCUGUCAAUGCCGGCCAGCAAGUUUUACACGUUUCCUCCAACCACGAACUGCCCGACAACGCUGGAUGUAUGGAGGUAAACGUGGUAAACUCAUCAACGUCUUGGAAGGUGACGCUAUUCCUGGAGCACAAGGAGAAUCAAGAGGAGAUCCUGAAGGGCGGCGACGUGGUGCGUCUCUUCCAUGCGGAGCAGGAGAAGUUCCUCACCAUGGACGAGUAUCAGAAGCGGCAGCACGUGUUCCUGAGGACCACGGGCAGGUCCAGCGCCACCGCCGCGACCAGUAGUAAAGCGCUGUGGGAGAUUGAGGUAGUACAACACGACCCGUGUCGCGGUGGCGCUGGCCAUUGGAACUCGAUCUUCAGGUUCAAACAUCUCGCCACGGGACAUUACUUGGCUGCCGAGGCGUGUACCAGGCCUCCUGACGCGCAGGUGGAGCCCGGCGAGCCCGCGUACCAGCUGGUGUCGGUGCCGCACUCGUCGGAGAUCGCCACGCUGUUCGAGCUCGACCCCACCACCAUGACGCACUCCGACGCGCCCGUGCCGCAGAGCAGCUACGUCAGGUUACAGCAUUUAUGCACGCAUACAUGGGUGCACUCGACCUCCAUACCUAUAGACAAGGAAGAGGAGAAACCCGUCAUGUCUAAAGUGGGAUGUUCCUUAGUCAAAGAGGAUAAAGAAGCAUUUGCACUCAUAUCGGUAUCUCCGAGCGAAGUGCGAGAUCUGGACUUCGCGAACGACGCGUGUAAGGUGCUGUCUGCUUUAUCCACCAAGCUGCAGCACGGGAACAUCGAGAUCAACGAGAGGAAGGCCCUAACCUGCCUCCUUCAAGACAUAGUAUACUUCAUAGCGGGCUUCGAGAAUGAGCCCAACAAGUCGGAAGCCUUAGAUCUGGUGGUGGAGAACCCUCACAGGGACCGACAGAAGCUGUUGCGGGAGCAGUACAUACUGCGGCAGCUGUUCAAGAUAUUACAAGGACCAUUCCAAGAGACAGAGGACGGCGAGGCGUUCCUCAAGAUUGAGGAGUUGUACGACUCCCGCUACGCGCCCUACAAGUACAUCUUCAGACUGUGCUACAGGAUACUCCGGCUCAGUCAACAGGACUACAGAAAAAAUCAAGAAUACAUAGCGAAACACUUCGGUUUCAUGCAAAAACAAAUCGGCUACGACAUACUGGCGGAGGACACCAUCACGGCGCUGUUGCACAACAACAGGAAACUGCUCGAGAAGCACAUCACCGCGUCAGAGAUCGAGACGUUUGUCGGUCUAGUGCGCAAGAACAUGAAGACGUGGCAGUCCCGGUUCCUGGACUACUUGAGCGACCUGUGCAUCUCGAACAAGAAGGCCAUCGCAGUGACGCAGGAGCUCAUCUGCAAGAGCGUGCUCUGCGCCAACAACUCCGACAUACUCAUCGAGACUAGAUUAGUAUCAAUAAAAUACGAAGAAAAAGGCAAGGCGUCGGCUGCCGAAGACGCCAACAAACAUUCCAUCGAACAGAAAGUCAUGUUACUGUGGAACAAUAAGAAGAAUAAAUGUUACCUCUCCGACCUGGCGGCGGAAGCUCGCAUGGACCCGAGCAGCGAGGCGGCCGCCAUCCUGGACUACUACAGACACCAGCUGGACCUGUUCAGCAACAUGUGCCUCAACCGGCAGUACCUCGCGCUCAACAGCCUAUCGCCACAACUGCAUAUAGACCUGAUAUUAUUAUGCAUGUCGAACGCGUCGCUGUCGUACGAGGUGCGCGCGUCGUUCUGCCGCCUGAUGCUGCACCUGCACGCCGACCGCGACCCGCAGGAGCCCGUCACGCCCGUCAAGUACGCGCGCCUCUGGACCGACGUGUGCGACCGCAUACACGUGCACGACUACCAAUGCGUGAAAGGAGGUCCGGACGCGAACCGGGAGAAGGUAAAGGAGCAGUUUGCGUCCACCAUCCGCUUCGUGGAGGACUACCUGUGCAACGUGGUCACCAAGACGUGGUACUUUGGCGACCACGACCAGAACAAGCUGACGUUUGAGGUCGUCAAACUCGCUAGAGAGCUUAUAUACUUCGGGUUUUAUAGCUUCAGCGACCUGUUGCGGCUGACAAAGACGUUGCUCAGCAUCCUGGACUGCGUCACGGCGAUGGACCUGCUCAACGAGACCAAUGCGCUGUCUGGAGAAGUGGAAUCCGAAGGCGGUGUUCUUCGGAGUAUAGGCGACAUGGGCGCUGUUAUGACUUCCAUAACACUCGGCUCUGUCGCUAGAAAUCAGGUGGGCCCCGGCAGCAGCGGGUCGGGGGGCGCGGGGCUACAGCGCAGCGCCUCCGCCCUGGUGUUGGCGCGGGAACACCCGCUCGUCAUGGACACCAAGCUCAAGAUCAUCGAGAUAUUGCAGUUCAUCCUGGACGUGCGGCUGGACUACCGCAUCAGCUGCCUGCUGUCGAUCUUCAAGAAGGAGUUCGAGCAGGCGGGCGAGGCGGCCGAGCGCGCCGACUCGCUCGCGCGCGCUGACGUCGAGGCCAUCGGGCUGCAGGCCGAGGGCAUCUUCAGCUGCAGAGCUAUACAAACAGUGCCAGAGAGCUGUCUACCAAAAAAUGUAGAUUUGGACGGGCUGGACCUGGACUCGUGCGGGGGCCGCAUGGUGCUGCGCGUGCUGCUGCAGCUGUGCUCGCAGGGCGCGUCGGCGGCGCUGGUGUCGGGCGCGCUGGCGCUGCUGUUCCGACACUUCAGCCAGCGGCAGGAGGUGCUCGCCGCCUUCAAACAGGUCCAGCUCCUGGUAUCAGACGCUGACGUGGAGUCGUACAAGCAGAUCAAGGCUGACCUGGAUCUACUGCGGCAGAGCGUCGAGAAAUCAGAGCUGUGGGUGUUCAACAAGGGCCGCGCGGUCAUAUUGGACGAACACACUGGUAGUAAGGGUCCAACAGGUACGGUGGGUCCGGGCGGGGCGGUGCUGGAACGCAACGCGUCGCUCGACAACGUCCUCGACACUUCUAGAACGGCCAAGCACGACCACAACGAGUAUAAGAAAAUUAAAGAGAUCCUACAGCGCAUGAUAAAGUACUGCACGCAGGGCAACAGCGGCGCCGAGCCGGGCCGCGCGCGCCCGCGCCGCCACGAGCAGCGCCUGCUGCGCAACAUCGGCGUGCACAACAUCGUGCUGGACCUGCUGCAGGUGCCUCACGAUGAAGACGACGCGGCGAUGGACGAGCUGCUAGCCCUGGCUCACGAGUUCCUGCAGAACUUCUGCCACGGCAACCAGCAGAACCAGGCGCUGCUGCACAAACAUCUCGACCUGUUCCUCAACGCUGGGAUAAGAGAAGCGCAAACCGUGUGCGCGAUAUUCAAAGACAACCCGACGCUGUGCUCCCACGAGGGCAAUGAGAAGGUGGUGGGUCACUUCGUGCACUGCAUCGAGUCGCGCGGCCGCCGGCCCGCCUACCUGCGCUUCCUGCAGACCAUCGUGCAUGCCGACACGCAGUACAUCCGACGCAGCCAGGACCUUGUCAUGCAGGAGAUGGUGAAUGCGGGCGAAGACGUGCUGGUGUUCUACAACGACAAAGUAUCAUUCAACUACUUCAUAGAGAUGAUGAAGCAGUACAAAGCAACCAGCGAGAUGCCGGAGCCGUUGACGUACCACAUCCAGCUGGUGAAGCUGCUGACCUGCUGCACGAUGGGCAAGAACGUGUACACGGAGAUCAAGUGCCACUCGCUGCUGCCACUCGACGACAUCGUCUCCAUGAUCACGCACUCGCACUGCAUACCGGAGGUGAAAGAAGCGUACGUCGGCUUCCUGAACCACUGCUACAUCGACACCGAAGUGGAGAUGAAGGAGAUUUAUAGCAGCAACUACAUGUGGGACCUGUUCGAGCGCUCCUUCUUGGAGGACAUGAACGCCAUCCUCCAGAGCGACCUCGCCUGGGCGAGUGAAGGCGCGUCAUCGUCUCACAAGUGGUCCCCUAGCAGCUCGCACAAGGCGUGGGUCAACUACGUGACGGACGUACUCAUGCACACCAUUUGCACGUUCUUCAACUCGCCGUUUAGUGACCAGAGUACUACCGUGCAGACUCGACAGUCGAUAUUCGUGAAGCUGUUACAAACGACAUUCGGAAUCUACCAGUGUCCCUGGCUCACACCCCCUCAAAAACUGAAUGUAGAGAAAUGCAUACGAACUUUGAGUGAAGUUGCCAAAUCGCGCAGUAUAGCAAUACCUUUAGAGCUGGAGGCCAAGAUACAGACAGUGUUCGAGAAAGCUGCGGCAUUGUCCCGACAGACCAGCAAGUGGCUGCUAGCAUCCAAGACCUCCAAAUUGGAGAAGAUGGCUUCUCAGUCGAACCUGCAAAACGACAGAUCUGUGAUGGAAGGCCUGCAGGAGAUAGUGGCGCUCCUGGAGGAGCAGCUCCGGCCGCUGCUGCAGGCGGAACAGUCGCUGCUCGUCGACAUCCUCUACAAGCCGCAUCUCCUCUUCACCAGCUCCGGGGAGAUAGGCCAGCCCGACACCAGCGGCAUAUUUAUAUCCAGACUUAUCCGCCACACGGAGAAACUUCUAGAAGAGAAAGAAGAAAAGUUGUGCGUUAAAGUGUUGCGUACUUUGAGGGAGAUGAUGGCCGUCGAUCCUGAAUACGGUGAAAAGGGCAAUCAACUGCGCAACAAACUCCUAUCACAAUACUUCAUCAACCGUAAAUCCGAGCCGAAGAUACAGCCGCCCCCGCCGUCGAUAGCAGUCACCCACGGACCUGGCGCAAAAGUGCUGAUGCGCACCGGUCAGACCCUGGCGCAAGUACAGGCACACCUGGACAAGGAAGGCGCUUCCGACCUAGUCGUGGAGCUGGUCAUCAAGAGCACCAAUCGACCCGCCAUAUUCCUAGAGGCAAUACAACUUGGUAUCGCUCUUCUGGAAGGCGGAAAUCCAAUAAUUCAGCACAGCAUUUUCACUAAAUUGCAAAAUGGCGAGAUAUCUCAAGCCUUCCUCAAAGUGUUCUACGACAAGAUGCGCGAGGCCCAGCAGGAGAUCCGCUCGCUGGCGGCCAGCAGCACCACCGCCGCCGGUACCGAGAAACAGCGCUCCAGCCACUCCGAGAAACAGAAACAGCCUUCUGUCGACGAGUGUGUUGCAGGCAAGUCGGCGCCAGGGCCGCUGGUGGUGGGCGAGGAGAUGGAUGACGAGGUCUCCAACGCUUGCGGCUCAGCGGUGCACGCGUAUUCAGACAUACACACCAUGUCGCAUGGCACAACAGUUCUAGAAGAGAUAAUGGCUGAGAAAAAGCGUGAAGCGGGCAGUACUGACGUGCUGCCGGCCAAGGUGGCUGUCAUGCGACCCAUACUCAGGUUCCUGCAGCUCAUGUGCGAGAACCACAACCCAGACUUACAGAAUCUACUACGAAACCAAAACAACAAAUCGAACUACAACCUAGUGUCGGAAACGCUGAUGUUUCUGGACUGCAUAUGCGGUUCGACCACCGGUGGGCUCGGCCUUCUGGGCCUGUACAUCAAUGAGGGCAACGUGGCCCUCAUCAACCAGACCCUGGAGACCCUCACUGAAUACUGUCAAGGCCCGUGCCACGAGAACCAGAACUGCAUAGCAACGCACGAAAGCAACGGGCUCGACAUAAUAACGGCGUUGAUAUUGAACGACAUAAACCCGCUCGGCAAGACGCGCAUGGACCUCGUCCUGGAGCUGAAGAACAACGCGUCCAAACUGCUGCUCGCGAUCAUGGAGUCCAGGAACGACUCCGAGAAUAACGCCGAGAGGAUAUUGUAUAAUAUGAAUCCGAAACAGCUGGUUGAUGUUGCGUGUUCAGCCUUCCAUCAGGAGCAGGGCGCAGACGCGGACUCGGAGUGCGACGACGACUCGCCCGUGCAAGGCGUCUCGCCCAAGGAAGUGGGCCACAACAUCUACAUCCUGUGCCACCAGCUUGCCGCACACAACAAGGAGCUGGCGGCGCUGGUGCGAGCCGCGCCCGCCGGCCCGCACGCGCACGCGCUGCAGUACUACCGGACUCACACGGCGCAGAUAGAGAUAGUUCGAACGGAUCGCAGCAUGGAGCAGAUAGUGUUCCCGAUCCCUGAGAUCUGCGAAUAUCUGCCGUCCGAUAGUAAGCACAGAGUGCUGCAGAGCGCCGAGAGGGACGACCAGGGCAGCAAGGUCGCCGACUUCUUCUCGCGGCUGGACAACCUCUUCCACGAAAUGAAGUGGCAGAAGAAGUUACGCGGUCAACCACUUCUCUUCUGGGUGUCGUCCUACAUGUCUCUGUGGAGCAAUAUAUUGUUCAACUUCGCCGUACUCAUCAACGUUAUUGUGGCAUUCUUUUAUCCCUUCCAAGACGAAAAUCCAAAGCUGGGGCAGCACCUGUCGCUGGUGGUGUGGUGCGUGUCGGGGGUGGCAGGCGCGCUGGUGACGUGCCUGCCGCGCUCCUCGGGCGUGCGCGCGCUACUGGCCAGCGGCAUCGUGCGCCUCAUGUACUCCGCCGGCCCGGAGCCCACGCUCUGGACCCUCGCCAUGCUCACCAUAGUGGUGAAGGGCAUCCACUUGGUGAGCAUAAUGGGCAACCAGGGCACGCUGUCGAAGUCGACGCGGAACGUAAUCACCGACCCGGAGCUGCUCUACCACAGCGUCUACUUGGUCUUCUGCUUCCUUGGUAUAUGCUGCCAUCCUUUCUUCUUUUCGGUUCUGCUCCUCGACAUUGUGUACCGCGAAGAGACACUAUUGAACGUGAUGCGAUCAGUGACACGCAACGGGCGGUCCAUCCUGCUGACGGCCGUACUGGCGCUGGUGCUGGUCUACAUGUUCUCCAUAGUAGGCUACAUGUUCUUCAGGGACCACUUCCUCGUCAGCGUCGAUAGACUCGACGAUGACGACGACCCUCGUUUCGAAGCGGGUUCGUGCGGCUCAGACCCUAGCGCGAAGUACCUGCAGGGCGGCACGUGCGGCCGCCCGGCACGCUUCGUGUCGGUGGGCGGCGAGCUGCGCGAGCGCAGCUGCGACUCGCUCAUCAUGUGCAUCGUCACCACGCUCAACCAGGGGCUGCGCAACGGCGGCGGCAUUGGCGAUAUACUACGUGCUCCUGCUAGUUUUGAGCCGUUGUUCGUGGCGCGCGUGGUGUACGACCUGCUGUUCUUCUUCGUCGUGAUCAUCAUCGUGCUCAACCUGAUCUUCGGUGUGAUCAUCGACACGUUCGCGGACCUGCGCAGUGAGAAACAGCAGAAGGAGCUCAUACUUAAGAACACCUGUUUUAUUUGUGGACUGAACAGGUCAGCCUUCGAUAACAAGACCGUCUCAUUCGAGGAACACAUAAAGAGCGAACAUAACAUGUGGCACUACCUUUACUUCAUGGUGCUCGUCAGAGUCAAGGACCCCACGGAAUUCACGGGGCCCGAGAGCUACGUGCAUUCUAUGAUCAAGUCAAAUAAUCUGGAGUGGUUCCCGCGGCUGCGAGCGUUGUCGCUGAUGGGCGGCGGCGAGGGCGAGGGAGGCGAACUAGAAGUGCGCGCGUUACAGGCGCAGCUCGACCGCGCGCACCUCGCCGUGCGCACGCUCACCGACCUGCUCACGGAGCUGCGCGACCAGAUGACUGAACAGAGGAAGCAGAAGCAACGUAUUGGCUUGCUCAACUCAACCUCUGCGUACCUCCAGAACUUGCAAAUGAACCUGCCACCGUGAGCGACACCCCCCACCCUCACGCUGUGGCACACGUCACACACCUGUACCAUUACAGGGUUGCCACAUAUUACACAAAGAUUAUGGAUAUACCAUAUUUUCUGGAUAAUUAAUACGAUAAACUUUUUUAUUUUAAAUAUGGCAACCCUAAUAGUGUACAUGAUUUUUUUAUCGAUUUUCCUCCAAACUACCACUAAGUUUAUUUUAUAAGGUAUCGGAAAUAGUACAAAUGUAAAUGUGCGGCCGUGUGUUCGCACUUUUGUUUGGCGUAAAGUACCGAUAGUUUUAUCGAUAUCGAUAAAGUUAUUCCUCCGUUUAUGAAACAUUUCAUAGUAUUUAAACUCACACGUUCUAUCUGCCUUUCUCUCUUUAUCUCUUAAUUUAAACUUAUCUAUCGAUAUCGAUAAAAUUUCACCCUAAAAACAUAGAUUCAGUUUUGGAAACUCGAAUUUAAGGUUUUGUGAUAAUUUUAGUAAGUUUUUAAUAAGAUGUGUGUCACUUAACACGUGUACGCUUCGUAAACGCAUAUCUCGAUAUGUCGCACAAACACGUUCGCUGCCGGCUGACAUGAUCGUGGCAGUGCGUGUCAUGUCACAACGGCUUGUUCACGGUUUGACGUCACCGCACUUUCACUGACAGUGCCACAUACAUUUUAUAUAUAUUUGACAAAUCAUUUUUAUGUCCAAACAUAUAAGACGUCCAUGGACAAUAUAGCGAGCGUAGACCUUUUACAUUUCCACUGACACACAAUGACGUAGAUUUCGGAAAAUCGAAACUUAUUUAUUAUAUAUACGUAACGCUAGUGGUUUUGUCCAAAGUUAGACGUAGACGGUACAUAUCUAGACAUUUCGCAUAGAAUAGUUUAGAUAUAUGGAGCGUUUAGUCCGAUGUCGCCAAUGAAUUAUAUUAUGAACAAAUUAUGCUUGUUCCUUUUGUUGUAGCGGAUAUCGAUAAUUGGGGGGAUAUACCUUAUUUGAUAAUGUUUAUUGCUGAUAGGGAUUUUAAGGUAGAGGCUAUGAAACUCGACGUACUAUUUUUGGGAUUAACUUGAUAAAAAUUUAAUGCUAUUACAAAUUUUAGAUAAACUGCGAAUGUUUUAUUGCGACGUAGUUUAUAUCGACACUGGUAUAAAAUAUCCCCACUAUGAAAUAUCGAUGUAUAUUGCGCUUUUUUUUAUCGAUAUUUAUUCUUUGUAGUAAGCGACCUCUCCCCCUAAAUUAAAAAUAUCCAAAGUGCAAUAUUUAGCUCAAAAUCCCGUUACCUAUUUACAGUAGUUAGAGAAAUAUCAAAUUUUAUUAGAGAAAUUAACUAAAACUUUAUCGAUCUAGGCGUCCUUCGCGCCGUAUUGUUUUCUAUGUUGUUAGUGUAGGCGGGUGUUUGUUACUUAUGCUCCGGUUUUGUGUUGUAACGCUACAUUUAUCGUGAAUUUUAUCGAAAUUUCCAGGAGUUGUUGUGGUCACAAUUAUCGAUAUUUUCAUCUGGGCUCUUUAGAAUUUGGGUUCUAACACUUCUCAUUAAAGUCAGGUUUUGAAUAAUCACUAUUUUACUAAUUUUGUUUUAUUAAAUAUCACUAUAGAUUACGAAUUAAAAUGUUAAAUCCUAAUAAAUGUAACGUUAACACACAAGCCAUGUAACUAUCCUAGUAUGUAAGUAUAUUGAACCUUAUUACCAGACAAAUAAUGGUUGUUUUUAAAUGACAUUUUAAUGGUAAUGUGACGAAAAAUCAAGUCAUAUCGGAGUUGAACUAAUUUGAUGACCGUACAAAUAUUGUAUGAUUAUAAUAAAGUUAUUAUUGUUUUUUACUGUCAACAAUUUUGAAAUAUUUUGGUAUUAAUUAUAACAAUGCCUCAGUAGAUUAGUUUCAAUGCGUGCGCGAUACGAUUCCUUCUCUAAGGUCUCAGAUUUGAAUCCUGAGUCGGAGAAAAUGAUAUAGGGUUUUUCUACUUAAUAUCAACUCGUAGUCUGGAGAUUAGACCCGAUAUGGCAAUAGCUCGCCCCCUUUUAAUGGGACGGAAUACACACGGUGGAAAAUGGAUGCACUAGUUGCGCUUCUGCCUAUCCCUUCAGGGAUGAAAGACCUGUGUAACUAUUGACAUUUACUACAUUAGAAUCAUGUAUAAUACCGUAAUUUGCAAUUCAAAAUUAAUUAUUUUCUGUUUUAGCAACCGUAGCAAUCACUUCGCAUAAUUGUCUAAAAUGUACAAAUUCUAUCCGCUAUUUGCUAGAUAUGAAAUUUAAAAACAUAAGACAAUGAACAAAGAAUAAAUGUAGAAUGUCAUAAUCCUAAAUAAUUCACAGAAAUUGAUAGGGUUGAUAACAAGGUACUUUUUUAUUAAGUUUCAAACAUGCCGGCAUUGUCAACUGGUGAGUCAUUCUCGUUAGUCCGUAUAUGGAGCCCAUUACUAACCAUCAAGUGCAUGGGGUUCUGUUUACUAUGCCCCUAAUAAAAAAAACUGCUGAAUACCACGGCCAAAUCACUUUUUCAAAUAUUCUAAGUUACACCAAACAUUGUCUUGAAAUUCUUGAUAAUUAAUUUUAUAUCCAAGUUUUUUUUAUUGCUUAGAAUGACGAGACGAUCUUGCCGUUCGCCUGAUGAUUAGCGAUACGACCAUAAACAGUAGAAACACCAUCUAACACCUUGAAUUGCAAAGUAUUUUUUGGUAUUCCACUGCGCUCGCCAUCCUGAGACAUGAGAUGUUAAGUCGUAUUAUGUCCAAUAGUUACUUCAUUUCAAAAUUGUUGAUAGUACAAAUCCUUAGGUUUUAUUUGAAAACUUAAUUGUAAUUCUUUAUUCACUUAAUUGUUUAUAUUUUUGUUCUAAAACCCAAUUUUUCAUGUUAUCGAGUUUUUAUCAUGCUUUAAUCAAACGCAAUCAUGUUUGAACAAAGAAAGGAUCAUCCAAAUCAUUUGAUUUACGAAUUUUAAGUGUAAUGAAGAAAUUUCCCAUUAAAUUAGUCUCCGUUAUACAUCCUUUAAAUUCUCUCGAAUAAAGAUCUUUAUUUAUAAUCUAACUAUUGAUCUGUUAGUUUAAGUAAGCUAUGAAACUUGUUACCAAAUGUUCUUGUAUAAUAUUUUGUUAUUGGCAUUUGUAUGUACUUAAAAUUAUAUCUUUGUAUAUAUUAACUACUUAUUACCACUCAUGCGCCAUCAAAAGGUAGAAAUCACGUUAUUAAAAUUGGCUCAAAAUUUAUUAUUGAGAGUAUUAAAUGUAUAGUAUUUAUCCAAAAUCAUUGCUUAUAGAAACUUAGGAGUCAUGGCAUUUUAAACUAAUCAAUUCUAUAGAAUUGUAGACAUAUCAAAUUGUCGAGUUUAUAUCAUAAAUAUUUGUGAAUUAACGAAUUUCAAAACUUAGCUCAAUGCAUGCUCAUAUUUUUUUAAUCUCUGGCUAUGCGGAGAUCAAGCCAAACACAUGUCACUAGCGCCCUCUAUUGAGUAUCGUAACUUUGUUUCCAUCGACCAAACUAUUAGAUCUUUACUAUAACUAUUUCUCGUCUAAAAACUAUAUUUUUAAAUUUAUCUUUUACAUUUUCGAAGAGGAUAUAUGAAAUUUAUAUUUACUGCACGUAUACAUUCCUAGUGUAUUUUUUAUAUAAUUUAUUGUAUUUCAUCAGCAUUGUAUUUAACGGAUGCCUGACGAGAUUUAAUCGAUGGAUGGACAUACAUUCGAAGUAAUUUUAAUUUUUUCGCCGCAUAAUUGCAGUUAUAAGUACUAGAACAUUUUGGAUCUACAUUAAAAUCUAAAUGUACUAAACUCUGUAUGGAUUGGUAGCGCAAAUUGCAAAUUUUCGGCGCAAUGCCUAAAGCAACGAUAAUUGUGGAUUGUAAUUUGCAACUACUGUAACAAUAAAUUAGUCAAACAUGUUUUUUGUUAUAAUAUUCAAAAAACAAUAAACAAAAGGUAAACUGUUUUAACGGAAUCCAAACCAAAUACUUAUAAGGAAUUACUUUAAAAAUACGUUGAGAUGUUCUACUCUUUGUUGACUUGCGAAUUCCAACGAAGUAAAUGUUUUCUUUUUAUAUCCUUUAUCAAUCGAUUAAGGUCUGACGGGUGACGUAUGCGUCUUUAAAUAUAAAAUAGUUGUCUAUUUUAGUAAUAAUGUACUAACCUAGCGGAUAUUAUGGACGUUGGUUGGUUAGACGCUGUGAUGGCUGCAAUAAUGCGUUUUGUUUUAUUGAAAAAUAAAUAUAUGGCACAAAAGUUGUUUUUA